UCUUUGUCUUUCUCUGGAUUUAGAACCCCGACAUGGACUGGAAGGUCACAUGGCUUUAUAGCAAUCUAACGGGUUAAAGGGGAGACCCUUUGUUUUACGAAAAGAGCGAGGGAAAACAAAUUUUUGUGCCAUCGCCAUCCAGUCCAAAGCACAGAACGCAAGUUUUUAAUGAGCUAAGACCCCCACUGUGGCAUCAUGAGCUGGAGCUUCUUGACCCGUCUGUUGGAGGAGAUCCAUAAUCACUCCACCUUUGUGGGAAAGGUGUGGCUUACCAUUCUUGUCGUCUUCCGUAUUGUACUGACAGCUGUGGGAGGGGAGUCCAUCUAUUAUGAUGAACAAAGCAAGUUUGUGUGUAACACGCAGCAACCUGGAUGUGAGAAUGUUUGCUAUGAUGCCUUUGCACCCCUCUCACAUGUGAGAUUCUGGGUCUUCCAGAUUAUUAUGGUAUCUACUCCUUCCAUCAUGUACCUUGGCUUUGCUGUACAUAAGAUCACCAGGAUGAGUGAUCAGGAGUACAGGCCCAAGAAUAGGAAACGGGUGCCUGUGGUCCAACGUGGGGCCAGCAGAGACUACGAAGAAGCUGAAGACAAUGGUGAAGAGGAUCCAAUGAUCUUUGAGGAAAUUGAACCGGAGAAAGACAAAAAGGACGAGAAGUCGACGGAGAAGAAACACGAUGGGAGGCGGAGAAUCAAGAAAGAUGGCCUGAUGAAAAUCUAUGUCCUACAGUUGUUGACGCGUUCCAUCUUCGAAGUGGCCUUCCUCUUUGGCCAGUACAUUCUGUAUGGCUUUGAGGUUGUCCCCUCAUAUGUCUGCAGCCGGAGCCCAUGCCCUCAUACUGUGGACUGCUUUGUCUCCAGGCCUACUGAGAAAACCAUCUUCCUUCUGAUUAUGUAUGUGGUGAGUGGGCUUUGCUUGCUGAUGGACAUCUUUGAAAUGUUUCACUUGGGUUUUGGUGGCAUUAGAGAUGCACUGAGAAAUAGGUCCAGGCGGCCUCCUGUGGUUGUGAAUCCCAGGGCUUCCAUCUGUAGGCAGAUGCCCUCUGCGCCUCCUGGUUACCACUCAGUCCUCAAGAAGGAUCCAAAGGGAAAGAUUGCCAAUGGCCACAAGCUAGAAUUCAGGGACAACCUCGGGGAUUCAGGCCGGGAAUCAUUUGGGGAUGAAUCUACAUCUAGGGAGCUGGACAAACUGCGCAGACACCUGAAGAUGGCUCAAGAGCAACUGGAUCUGGCAUACCAGAUUGAAACUGGCAGCCCCUCACGAAGCAGCAGCCCCGAGUCUAAUGGGACAGCAGCUGAGCAGAACCGGCUGAACUUUGCACAGGAGAAGCAGGGGGAAACCUGUGAGAAAGAAGGAAUGCGAGCCUGAACCUUUUCAAGCUGAAUUCUGCAUAUGUAAAAGCUUUUCCAUCUCAAGAUCAAAGUCUUCCAAAGGAUGGUGAAAAAUGUCAGAGAAUCAAGGACGGAAAACAUAGAGGACUAAGAUACUUGUUCAUGUAUGUAUUGGUGGAGGGGUAUUAUGAGCCUAACAGUAUUAAGGCUGGAGGUUUUGAGGACAAGUGCACAAAUUGGUGUUGACAUUACCAGAGAUCCAUGGGAGCAUACUCUGGAGUUUCAUCUAGAGCACAGACACCCUUAUCUGCCUGUACUUUAAACUGGAAUACUGUCAUUCAUGACAGAUUUGACACUUCUGCAAAACGUGCCACGUUUUUUUCUGAAGUUAGCUGUCGUAUACUGGAACGAUGAGUGGCACUUCAAUACUAUUUUCUUUUGUCAAAUUUGUACUAUGCCUUAAAAUUUCUGGUGUUUACAUUUCAAAGUCAUUCCAAAAAAGAGGCACUCCUUUGAUUUAAUGUAGCUUUUUUGGUUUUUUUUUUUUCUUGUCUACAGCUUUGAAUAUAUAUGUAUAUGUGAUUAAAUGAUCUGAAAGUGAACCACCGUGACCAACCAUUUUAAUAGCUGUGAAUACUGGCACUUGUCCAAGGCUUCUCACAACCUAAACCACAAUCUCCAGUUGUUCUUUGAAAUAAAAGUUGCAGCUGAAGCAAAUGAAUUAAGAUCAUUUGAACCACAAACACCAUGAUGCAGCAGUUACUUGUGCAUACUGCUACUGCAUGAGAAAGCAGACUGUUCCGUCGAAAGAGCAGACUGUUUCUUCUGUGCCCAAUGCCAGCCUGUUGCCUGUUAGCCAUCAAGAGUUCUGGAGUGUUGAAGCCUUAACUGUGCCCUUUUCAAAAUUAUAAAUGCAGAAUAGAAAACCUGGGAUAUGCUUGAAUUGUUGUCAUCUCAUGAAUCAUAUUGCAGAUGUUGCAGACUAACGGUUUGAAACGUCACAGUGGACUUCCUUGGUUAUUUUCUUAUGAAAACAUUCUAGAUUAAGCCUUAGGAUACCAGUUUUAUUGCCUUUUUGUUUUUCUUUUUGAAGUACUUUUGAAGAGUAGUAGUUUUGCAAGUGUUUUCUUCCAUCUAGCUGCUUUUAGUAUCCAUAAAGUGGGAAAACCUACAUUCAAGAGUAUUUUCAUGCAUUUCAAAUGCUGGAGUAUGUCUUGAGGUUGAGCAUGAGGUUUUUUUACAUUUCAACCUUUCAACCGUCACCAUUCUUUAUAAUCACUAAUGUGUGAAUGACUGUGGUGUUUGCUGCUAAGUGCUUUCAUCAGGACCUCUCUGGCUGUGUGUGGAAUGUGUAGAUGAAUAUCUGUUAUCAACACAAGUGGUGUUUAAGCUGAGGUGGUAAUGGAUUUCUCUCAAAGUGCUGGAUAUUAAAGAAAUGUUAUGAGUUUAAAAUACAGAUUUUGUUAGAAAUAAAAGCCUGAGAAUGUCACCUAGCAAUCACUGCUGUGGUAUUUUUUUAUACUUGCAAUUAUGGCUUUUAAAGAGCCUGUGUAAUUGGCUUAAUGCAAAUUGUAAUUUCUUAAACCUUAUUAUUUCUAUUGAAAAUCUGUCCAAUAUAACUUCAUUGAUAGUGCAUUAGAUCUUCCCCAUAAGUAACAGCUAUAAAUAGAAAUGUUUGCUUGUUGAAGAUUGCUGUUCUUAUUUAUGCCAGCUGUCAUUUUGUUUACUGCAGGAUAUUUGAAAAGGGAAUUUGUUCAAAUUUCUGAUCUAACUAAAAUGUCCAGACCAAGAAAUUGUGAUAAUUAUAGAACUGUAUCUUAACCAUUUUUUAGUCAUUGACAUUAUGUAUUGGGGCAUUUCUCUAGUUUGGAGGGUUUUUUUUUCCAACUUGUCAUAUAACAGGCCACGAGGCCUCUAGCUAUAUGUUAUCUAUUUGGAUACUCUGGAGUUUUCUUUAGAAAUAAAGAGAAAAGGGUGGACCUAAUCUGGCACCUGCUUUUCUUGUAGUGAUCACCAGCAAUAAAACAGUUUUCACAACCAUGGGUUUACAAACAAAGGGAAAAAUACUGAAAUAAAACCAAAUGGAUUGUGAAUUUAUACUUGGGACCAAGCUAAAACUGCAAUGAAUUGUUUACAGAUUGGUGUUUACAUCCGAUAAGUGACUGAACGAAUAAGGAUUCUACAGCAAAUAAUUUCUGAAACCUAAAUGUCUUAUGUUAUGGUCAUUACUCCAUUUAAUCUUUUAUAGUUAUACAUUGCAGUCAUUUUUAUGCCACUGAAAGUUUGUGGAUAGAAGCAUUAUUCGGAGUGUCCAAAAUGGUUUUCUCUCAUGCAAAGUCUGAAAUAUGAUCUUCCAAGCUGUUUUCUCUAUUUUUAAAGGUACUAUGUAUACAUUUGAAUAUUUUUAUGUUUUCUGUACUUUUUUGUACCGAUAGUAUUUUUCCUAUUCAAAGUUUCUUAGAAAAGAAUAAUAAAGUUUACAUCUAUGUGAACUGGA